AUGGACGACGUAAUUCCAGUUGUGGUUAUAGACAAUGGAUCUGGAUACAUUAAGGCAGGUAUCUCAGGAGAUGAUGCUCCAAGAGCUACUAUUCAAACUGUUUUAGGAAAGUAAUGCUUGAAUCCUAAUAUAUUUUAUCAGACCUAAGCAACCUGGUCAAAUGGUUGGUAUGGAUCAAAAGGACACCUAUAUUGGAGAUGAGGUUAAUUCUAAAUUAGAGUAUUUAAAAUAUUACUAUACUUUAGAGUAUUGAAUGUAACUUACCCUAUUGAUCAUGGAAUUAUUACUCGUUGGGAUGAUAUGGAAAAGAUUUGGCAUCAUGCUUAUUAUAAUGGUUUCUAAAUUUAUUUAAAUUUAGAAUUGAGAGUUGCACCUCAAGAUCAUCCUGUUUUAAUGUCAGAACCACCUCUCAAUCCAGCCUUUAACAGAGAAAAAAUGAUAGAAAUAAUGUUUGAAAAGUUCAAUGUUCCAUCAUUUUACUUGGCAAUUCAGUAGGUUUUAGCAUUAUGUGCAUCUGGUAAAACAACUGGAUUAGUUGUGGAUUCUGGAGAUGCUGUUACAUAAACAGUUCCAAUUUAUGAAGGCUUUGCAUUAUCACAUGCAGUGAUGAAAAUUCAUCUAGCUGGUAGAGAUUUAACUGAUUACUUAAUAAAGUUGAUGGCAGAAUAAGGCAAGGAAUUUUCAAAUCAAAAGGAAACUGAAAGAGAAAAUGCUAAAGAUACUAAAGAAAAAAAAGUAAUACAAUAUGUAUAUUGAAGUGUUAUAUUGUUGGAGAUUUUGAGGCUGAAAUGAAAAUCUAUUAGGAUUCUGGAAAAGAAAUAGUCCAUAGAAUGCCAGAUGGAAAUGAUAUCACUUUAGGAAGUCAAUUAUUCAAAUGUCCUGAAGCAUUAUUUUAGCCAAUUAAAUUAAGUAAAGAAUUUUAAGGAAUCCAUGAACUUACCUUUUAAUCUAUCAUGAAAUGUGAUGUUGAUAUUAAAAAAGUAAUUUAUUUUCUUUUAUUAUAAGGAUCUAUAUGGUAAUAUAGUUUUAGCUGGAGGUAGCACUAUGUUUAAAGGAAUGAAGGAUAGGUUAUAAAAAGAAGUCAUUGCAUUAGCUCCUUCAACAAUGAAGAUCUAUGUAUAGGAACCUCCUGAAAGAAAAUACUCAGUUUGGAUGGGUGGAAGUAUUUUGGCUUCCUUAAGUUAAUUCCAACCCAUGUUUAUUACUAAAAAUGAGUAUCAAGAUUAUGGUACUGGUUAUGUACACAGAAAAUGCUUCUGA